AACCGAAAACAACAAAUCCGUAAGCUGUCAUCGAGGGACCCACACUUCCGGUCAUGACUUCCGGUUAGCUCAAAGGUAACGGGUCGGAUUUCCUUGGGCAUUACACUCUGCGCAAUGGCUUGGAAGGUUUUGCUGCUCGUGUUUCUCGCCGUUCCGGCGUUUGCCAUCCCACCGCCUGUAAAUGACGUCUUUUCCGCUCUUAAGGACGGACCCAAGAGGUAUAAACCUAUCCCAGGCCUACUAGAACCAGGUCCCAUAAUAAUUCGUGGUAAUGACAUAGCACAGGAAUCCCCUGAGCCUGAGCAGUCUGCUGAAUGCGUCAUCUGUGAGUUCGCCAUGUCUGAGCUGAAAAGCUUAAUUGGACAAAACUCUACUCAGGAUGAGAUAAAAGUUGCUCUUAACAAAGUCUGCAGUUUGUUGCCGUCAUCAAUUUCGAAAGAGUGCGCCAGCUUUGUCAACACUUACGAGGAGGAAGUCUUGAAGAUCCUUUCUCAAGAGCUCAACCCUGAUAUGGUGUGCACAUCACUAGGACUUUGCUCUGGUGUCAAACAAGCUGUGCUGGUUAAAGAUGCGGCUGGUGGUGGACCGUACUGUGCCUUGUGCGAGUUCGUGAUGGAAAAACUGGACAAUGAGCUGAAAGACAACGCUACUGAGCAAGAGAUAGAGGAGGCCUUGAGCAAAGUCUGCGGCUAUCUACCAAGUUCCAUCAGAAGCGAAUGUGAUGCCCUGGUGAAGGAAUAUGGACCCAUGAUAAUCCAGCUACUGGUCCAGGAAUUGGAUCCAAGUGUCAUCUGCAAGGAGCUAGGGCUGUGCACCCAGAAAAGACAAACAGAAGGCUUAGAGGAAGCGCCUCAGCUUAAUUCCGUGACCUGUGAAGUUUGCACGGUUGUUAUGAGUUACCUGGACGACACCCUUAAAGAGAACGCUACAGAGGAAGAAAUAAAGGAGGCUUUAGAUAAAGUUUGCAGUUAUUUGCCAUCCUCGAUUAAAUCAGAGUGCACCGCACUGGUGGAUGAAUAUUCAGAUGCAAUUAUAAAUGCAAUCGUAUCAGGGCUCCAACCUGAAAUGGUCUGCGCGGAGAUUGGAUUGUGUACAGGGAAGAACUUGGAAGCACAAGAAAGCAAAACGGAAUGCAAGUUCUGCGUAGGCCUUUUGACAGAAGUGUUCAAGAAUAACGCCACAGCGGAACAAGCCCUGCAAUCUCUGAAGCGAGUGUGCGCUCUUAUUCCGGAUAGCCCCUACCGCACCCAGUGUGACAAACUCGCCACUGUGGGGGAGCGGAUAUUCAACCUGUUGAUGCUACUUGGCCCCCAAAAAGCCUGCGAACUCAUCAAAGUCUGUCCAGCGUCUAACCUUUUGCAAGAGAUGAGGAAGCCAUUCGACAUGGUAUCAUCCGUGAUAGCGAGUACGUCGCUUGACAGAAUCUCAUCCAUAAUGACCGUGAAAGGGAACAUAUCAUGCAAGGUGUGCAUUGCUGUAAUUGACGGCUUCAAGGAAAUCGCCGCUGAGAACCGAACUCAGAAAAGUCUUGAAACAUUGAUGAAGUUGGUUUGCAUUUACAUGCUGCCUAUCUACAAAGAGUGCACGGCAUUUAUUGAUGACAACCUGCCCAAGCUUUUCAAGUUGAUCGAGAACCUGAACUCCAAACAGAUCUGUCAGGAUAUCGGAGCGUGUCCCAAGCUGUCAUUCAAGUUCACUGACAUACGCUGCCACCUUGGUGCCGUGUACCGCUGUUCCAGUCGGGCAGCCGCAAAACGAUGCGACUCUCUGAGUUACUGCAAGAAGUACGUAUGGAACGAGUGAAGUUCAACAAAGCCGCGACCAAUCAGAAUAAAAAAAAAGAUUAUAUAAGCAUUAGCCAAUCCAAUCAAGCACCGCUUUUAUCAGCUGUCAAUCAUAAUUAGCGAAGAAUUUAAACCAUUUAGCUGUUUAGUGAAAAGUAAAAUCACAGCGGGAAUAAGGGAAUGAUGAUUUUCAGUGUGCUAUUUACUAGUUGAGCGCAGCUCUAUUAAUUUCGUUAGUGAUACCACAAUUCAUCAAAAUGGUACUUUUUGGGUUUUGCUUGGGUUUGCUUUAAUAAAAAAAUAUUACACA